AUGUCAAGGAUCACGAAAGAAUACAGAGUUAUACUGAAAACGCUGGCCAGUGAUGAUCCCAUUGUCAACCCCUACCGGGGGAUAAUCAGAUCGCUCAAUCCUAUUGACGAAACCGAUCUGAGCAGGUGGGAGGCCAAAAUUUAUGGACCGUCGCAUACCCCUUAUGAAAAUUAUCAGUUUCAUAUACUAAUAGAUGUCCCUAGUUCCUAUCCAAUGACUCCGCCGAGGAUAAAUUUUGAGCAAAAUGACAUACUACAUUGCAACGUUAAAUCUGCCACGGGAGAAAUAUGUCUGGACAUCCUCAAACCAGAGGAUUGGACGCCAGUAUGGGAUUUGUUACACUGUGUCCAUGCUGUUUGGAGGCUUUUAAGAGAGCCGGUUUGCGAUUCACCGCUUGACGUGGAUAUGGGUAAUAUCAUCCGUUGUGCUGACGAAAGUGCCUACCAGGGGAUAGUGAAGUACUUCUUAGCCGAAAGAGAACGGAGCAGGUAUCAUUGA